GAUGUAAGCUGCCUUGUGUUUUCCGCAAGAAUAAAAAGGGUGGGAUAAAAGAUAAUGUAAUAUAAUGUAACAAUAAUACUCUCAGCAAAAAAAUGAGGGACAGAAACCCUAGUAGGUAGGUAUUAAAAUUAGCUUCGAGCUCCGCUUUCGUGGCUGAGGGCUGUUGGCCCAGCUAAUCUGAAUUUAUGUCCUCUCUCUCUUUUCCCUGCCCCACCCUACCCCACUGCCAUGGGUAGAUUGAACAAUACCCAUGGUAACAAAAACUUGCUUUGCAUGCAGUUGUCUUAUUGGAAUUGUUUCAUAACAUCACAUAGUUCUAGCCCAUUCACUAGAAUGCAGGGUUUUAAACAUUAUACACUUUGUAAAAGUGUGCAAGUCUUUUUGUUAUUAUUAAAAGGGGUGAUAGAAGAUACUCCCUGUUCUCUCCCAUAAUGGCACCUGUCAGGAGCGGUGGGGAAAAUAUCACAAAGUCAGGAAAAGGCUACUUUGAAACAUAAUUUCCCUCUACCAUUUAAGCUCAGGGAUAAUAGAAUCAUAGGGCAUUUUAAAGUGAAACUCAAUUCUCUGCUCUCAAGCUUUUUGUAGAACAGCAGCAGGCAAAUAAAUAUUCCUGUGAACUUUUCCAGGCUAACAGGGAAAAGGUACCUCUUGCUAGCUUCAUGGAUGCUACCUUUCACCACCAUUCCCAUCUUCACCUGAAAUUGACUCAUUUCCUUGUUCAUGCCAUUUUGUCUCACUAAUGAGAACAGAACUUAAAUCUCUGAAAUGUCAUUGGGAUCGAUCUGUAUCCUUGCAUGUUCUUUUGUGUGCAAUCUCUAUAGGAAAAUGUUGGCGUAGUCUUUCUAAUAAUACCAUGGAUUAUCUUUCCUGGCUUUUUUUGCUUUUAUUUUGCUUCUAUGUCUCACAAAGUGUUUAUUCAAAAGGAUUAUUCCUUCCAGAGAAAAAGCAAAAAUAUUAGAGGGAGACAUUUUACUUUGAGGCAGGGAGGGGAAUGUUUGUUAUUUUUCUCAUCACCUCGGUAACAAUCUGGACAUGGAAAACAGGAUUUAAAGGGCAACUGCUGUUUUUUCCCCAAAAAUGUAAAAGGCACUGUAGGGAGUGAUUCCCUUUCUUGCUUAAUGUAAGCCCUGCUUGAUGUAAGUCAUUUAAAAUGAAAUAUAACUGAAAACAUUUUUUGAAAGUUCAGCUUUAAAUGCUAGGCAAGCAGUAAUUUAAAAGGUACAUCAUCUGAUCUGCAUUGCCCUGCCUCCUCUUUGCUUUAGGGAUGACUAAGAACAAAGGCUCAAUCCAUUUUUGAUCAGAAUUUACUGAAAUUUGCACAUUUCUUCAUAUUAGGAAUGGAAAGAACUUCAGUUUUUUGAAAUGUGAGUGUUGAAGAAAGUAAAAUUGACAAAUUUGCCCAGAAGGUCCAGAAACUAGAGGCUUCCCGUAGGCUUCUUAAACCUGGCGCCCUCCAGAUCCUUUAGAUGCCCAUCAUGGCCAAUGGUUAGGAAUGAUGGGGAAUUGUUGUUCUAAAGACCUGGAGGGCACCAGGUUGGGGAAGGCUUCCUUAAGAGGACACAGAGAAUCCCCUGAUAAUCAUUAGGCAGGGAACCCCAAGUAUGUACAAAGACACUCAGGAGCAAAGUGCUAGUAGCUGAAGCUUCUCAGAAGGUGGCAGAGGAGGGGAAGAUGCGGUUGCCUGUGAAUAUAAAGAGGAUGUCAGGGGAAGUGCCCUUGCACAUCAACAUCAAGGAGCCGCGAUGGGACCAGAGCACCUUCAUGGGGAGAGCGAAACAUUUCUUCACAGUGACGGAUCCCCGCAACCUUCUGCUCUCAAGCAAGACUCUGGAAGAGGCCCGGAGGGUGAUUGAGGAUUACAGGUUGGGGAAGGUGUCACCAGGACUGACUGAGGACCAGUUGUGGCGGGCCAAAUACAUCUAUGACUCAGCCUUCCAUCCGGACACCGGUGAGAAGAUGAUCCUGAUUGGGCGAAUGUCUGCUCAGGUGCCCAUGAACAUGACCAUCACUGGCUGCAUGCUCACCUUCUACAGGACAACCCCUGCUGUGUUAUUUUGGCAGUGGGUGAACCAGUCAUUCAACGCCAUUGUCAACUACACUAACCGGAGUGGGGAUGCCCCCAUCACUGUCAACCAGCUGGGCACUGCCUACGUCAGUGCUACCACUGGAGCUGUGGUAACAGCACUGGGACUGAAGUCUCUCACCAAGCAUUUGCCACCAAUCAUUGGACGCUACGUGCCUUUUGCAGCUGUGGCAGCUGCUAACUGCAUCAACAUCCCUUUAAUGAGGCAGAGGGAGCUAAAGUUCGGUAUCCCCAUUACAGAUGAGAAUGGAAAUCGGCUGGGUGAGUCCAAGAAGGCAGCUCAGCAAGCCAUCAUCCAGGUGGUGGUGUCUCGCAUCGGCAUGGCUGCACCUGCGAUGGCCAUCCCUCCAGUGAUCAUGAAUGCACUAGAGAGGAAGGCAUUUCUGAAGCGAUAUCCCUGGCUGAAUGCUCCUCUGCAGGUCGGACUGGUCGGACUGUGUUUGGUGUUUGCUACGCCCCUUUGCUGUGCACUCUUCCCACAGAAGAGCUCGAUGCGGGUGAGCCGCCUGGAACCGGAAAUCCAAACUCUGAUCAGGGAGAAGAACUCUGGUGUUGAGGUGGUCUAUUUUAAUAAGGGUCUUUGAGAGGUGCUUCUUCCUACUUCCCUGGUAUGCAGCAGAAAGGAUGGGAGGACGAGGAACCAGGGACCGGUGCUCCUGAGGAAGAAGUUACAUGUUGUUAUAGUAUAAUCUUUUAAAAUGCUGCUCUGUUGUUGGCUGUCAUAUCUUGGCAGGUCCUCUAUAAUCUUCCUGGAAUCAGGUGAACCCUAGGGGUAGAUUGUAGUGUGGCAGCGGUUGUCCCUGCGAACAAAGCAGACACAUUCCAGUCUUGACCCAGUUAGGUGUCGGGAUCAGUGGAGUCAGUCCUUAAAUAAACCCAAAUCCCUAUAUCAGGCAUAAUUCCACAGUGUUCUGUAAAGGUGUGUGUCUCACUACGUAUACAGUCUCUUUGAAAUAAUGUUGUUAAAAAUGACAGAUCAUUCUGGGGAGAGCAGAAUCUGUACAGCAGCUUGAAUCCCUCAAGAAUUGGCCUAGGGAGGAAAUCAGCUUGCACUGCAUCCAGUUCGAACAGGAUGUAUUUAGUGCUAAAGAAAAACAUUGUGUUUCCUUGAAGAAGCUGUGUGCUUUUGUGAUACUCACACCAGUGACACAGGAAUGUGUUUGUGUCAAACAUUCUUUAGCUUUACAAGCAAACAGGUUUGCAUAAGAAACCUUGUAUUUGCUUGCUACUUCCAUCGUUUGCAUCAGGGAAAAUGUGUGUGUGCAAGAAUGACAAUACAUGCCACCUUAAAACUACAGAAAUCAUGAUACAGUUUGAAAUUUAGUCAGAUAUGCAUGUAAGAAAAUAAGCAUCUAGAGCCUUAAUUGGUUAUGAAGCAAUUGAUUAUGCAAAUAUAUGUGUAAACAGAACCAGCUAAAUGCAAAUGGAUUAUCUUUCAGAAAUCGACAGUUCAGGACACACAUCUAAAAGUUCAAGCAAAGGUGUGGUUUUUGUGGGUAUUACAAAGGUACAUAGAAAUCAACAGGUAUAAGCAUAUCUUUGAUUUGAAAACCAUAAAAACCCAACUGCAAAACCAAGUUCUAGAGGCCUCAAUCCCCUUAUUUUCUGUUUUCCUAAAUUGUGCAUAACCAUAGCAUCUUUUCAUAAUUUUACUGGGAUGGCAGUGCUUUGUUCAAAAAUAAGGUCAAAGGGCAAUAGAUGGAAGUGGCCUUCAGACUGAGGAUCACUUCUCUCUGCUCAUCAUGCUAUUGUGGCUUCUACAUCAUUUGAUGAGGCAAGUGUCGUGGCAACAGUACCUCUAGGUGUGGUAUGCAUGCUGUUCUCCUCUCCCAAAAUGAAAGAAAAUUCCCUUCUCUGACCCUGCUUCACUAAUAUCCAUGUUUCUGAACAUUGUUUUUGUCCAAAAUAUAAGCUUGGGCAAAUCCAUCUUCUGUGUUAUGUGGAAAAUAUAUUGACUCUCCUUUAAAGCACAAAUGACAAUCUUUGGUAAGAAGUCAUAAAAGUAUCGAUCUGGGAUGCAGUCUGACUUGUGCUUUGCUGGAAAGACUGAGACAGCUGUGUGGGUGCUGGACGGGGAGAGGCACAGCCUCACGAGAGCGCAUGCAUCCCUUCUUUGACUCUUUAUGGCUAAGUCAGGAAUUGGUAUCCAAGAAAGGAGGCAACAUGUAGGCAGAAAAGUUUUUGCAGAAUUUCCCUGUAUUGAUCAUGGCGCUUGCGAUGUAAUCCUACAGUUCCUUCUGUCUGCCAUGUAGACUUAAUGAAAGGAUCAGCAGAAUUGCAUGCAGUGAUCAGAUGCACUGAAUCAGCACAUUCCUACCCUGAUGGACUCUUUGGGUGGAUAUGCCCAUAUCGCUCACUUAAAAAAUCAAAGGCAGACGAGGGGCAGAAGCGCAUUCCCUUCGCUGAUGGCUUGGAGAGGUCGAACUGGCCACAGCUGUAGUGAUGCUCGUUCCUGUAAUCCUCAGUGUUCUGCAUUCUGCACAAUCCAGCAUCAGCUGCUAUUUGCUGAAGUGCAGAACCUUUCAUUGAAGGUCAUUCUGGCCACUAAGUUCAUCAUCAGAAGGGUCCAAAGGCAUGGCUUAAUUAAGCACCACCUGCACAUCCACACGAAGCUAACUGGGAACUGAUGUACAUGAUGACACACAUAUUUGCUUGCAGAGAGGGAUCAAGAGCAUAACUGGCCAGUACUGCCUUCCCCAAAGGUGUGGUAAAAGGUCAGGGACUUAAUCCAGUUUUCUGUGGAGCAAAUCACUUAUUUUAAUUUGAGCAAAGCAGCCUGGGCACAUUUCUUUGCUUCUGUAUAAAUGUCAUCAUUGCUGGAGGUUGAGGGGUCCAGGAGAGGUUGCGCUGUGCUUUUUAUGUUUACUCUUAACAAAACCUCGUCCAACAAGUUUAUGAUGGAUUGCUUGAUUUCUUUUCUCUUGUUGUAUUAUGCUGGAUUAUAUUUGAAACAUUUUACCAAACCUAAAACAAUGUUUCCAUGCAGGAAUCCACACCGAUUCCAUGUCAUACCUCCUGUAUAGCUUUAAGCAAGGCAACUUUUUUGAAAUAAAGUGUGUAAUUUUAGUAUCUUG